CAUGAAAAAUGAGAUAACUUACGAAAGAGGAGAAGGAUAAUAUUCAAGGAAAGCGCGUUUGAAGGAAAUUGAUCCAAUAAAUUGUAAAAGUUGAGAGAUUCUUUGAUCGAAAAAGAAUUUAAUCGUUACGUUCGACAAGUAUAUCCAUAUGACUGAAGACUAGGAUAAUCGGCCAUAUUAAACACAGAUCAAGAUGUUCUAUCCAGUUGAACUGCUUUCCCGUCGACGAAGGGGCAAAUUAGCUCCUUGUUGGCUCGCUGCAACGGUCAGCGAGAAAAUAUUUAAAAGACACUAUAAUCCUGGUGCUAUAAAGAAGAUAAACACUGUAGAAACUUGCGAGCAAAUUUUGGAAAUAAUGCAGUCGCGCAACAGAUCAAAUAGAUUUAGCUUAUAUCUGUCAUCACAAUUAAUGUACGGCAUAACAAGAAUUCAUCGUUUACAAGUUUUAAAUUAUCAGAAGGAAGUUUUUGAAAUGCAACAAAAAUUUGACUCUGGCGGCAGCCGUGGCGACAGAGUGUUGGAGAAUAAAGAGGAUGAGUAUGACGCAGUUCAGGAUCUUGAAUUGCGUGCAAUAGAUGUGCCUAUUUCCACUCAAAACUUUCCUAACGCUCAAUUAGAAAUAGACUUACACUUACUUCCGGACGAAGAGUUUGAUGAAAGACUACGGACAAUUAUGAAAGAUGCAGCAUGUUGUGAUUUUGGUGCUUUAAAUGACGAGGAGUUGGACUUUAUGCUUAAACAUGAUUUCAAUCUCGCACUUGACCAGAUGCAUGAACUACAGACAGCAGAGGAAAGAUCAGCAUUCUCAAAGAAGACAGCUGAUGAUGUAACAAUAGAAGAGAUCCAAGAAAAACAGUUAUCUCAGGAAACCCGUGGUCCAGUACUUGUGGAUAUAUCGGAAAGAAAGAAAUCCAAAGAGGGACUGUUAUUAACUCCACAAAAACGACAGCCACAUCAAAUGCAGGUGGAAACGCCUACGAAGAGAAGACGUUUAUACUUUGACACUGCAUCGGCGACUGAUGUACCCCCUGUAGAAGAUGUGGCAGUACCUCCUGCACCUGUAGAAGAUGUGGCAGUACCUCCUGUACCUGUAGAAGAUGUGGCAGUACCUCCUGCACCUGUAGAAGAUGUGGUAGUACCGACUGAAUUGCCUAGAGAAGAAACGAGAAUGUUAGUUCUUCCACAGCAAGAGGAAACUAACAUGGAAUUGGAAUCAUUAGAUUCAAGCUACUUUGUGAUCCGCAGUCGUUCGAAGAAAAGCAAAAUUAUUGAUAAAAAAACAGAGUUAAGUGACAGUCAGCUUAAGAAAUGGCGUCAGAAUGUAAAAAUUCAUUGCGAGAAAUUGGAUAAACCAUUAACAAAAAAAUUAUCGCUGACACCGGCGAUAAAUCUUUUCAACCAACCUUCGGACUCACCUAGGCGAUGGAACAAAAGUUUACGCAGUCGCUUUGCUUCUCGCAUCACUGGGCCAUUCAAGAGUGUAAAUGAAGAUGUUGCACUUGCUGAAUUUACGCAAUUUUUUGAACAAAUGCGUGUAGAAGAGACAGUUAGCAAGCUAGAUCUUCCUACAGAAGAAGUGAGUACAUUCCAAAAGACGGAAAUGGCAAUUGCUGCCGAACCCGGAGACAGUGUUGCAAACGUCUUAACAAUGACAAAUAUAAUUCCCGAAACUAUGGACGUAUCAAUGGUACCAUUACCGAAAGAGGUACCGGAAGCGAUUGUCUUAGAAGAAGGCACUAGCAUCGUUGAACAGGGGCCGGAUCAGGAAAGAAUGAAUAUAAGUAAUGAUGAAUGCUUUGAAGAUAUAGACAUUUUAUUAGAAAGACAGCGACAGUCUCCGAAAACGGCGAAACAAAUUCCAGUACCUUCUACCAGCAGUUCAAGCGGAUACUCGCAACCUGCACUGACAAGCCAAGAGAUUUUGGUUCUAUUAGAAGUUUUCUGGCGUGACAAGGAUACUGUCAAAUUCAGUGAACUUAUUCCACCGGAAACGUACACGAGAGAGGAUGCUGCUACUGCUUUUGAAAUACUUCUUGACUUAUAUGCACAAGAUAAACUCAUUUUGCAACAGACUGACUAUUCUAAACCUUUAUGGAUUUCCAAAUACCGGGAUUAA